AGCUACGAUAUGAAAACUUGUAUCUUUAACGAGCACAGUGGCACGGCGGUAGAGGAAGAUACUGAUUGAGCCUGAAAAAAUUAUCAUGCGUAGCCUGUGUGUGUUUCUAUGUUUAUGUAUUUGUUUCUUUAUCAUGUGCACGUAUAUUUUUCACAGAGUUGCGAAAUUGGCGUUCGCGUUCGCUCUCGCAGCUUAUGGCUGCGAAUAUCGAAUAUGCGUGUAAAAUCAAUUUACGUUACUUAAUUAAAUAAUAAUAAUUAAUUAAAUAUUAAUAAUAAGUUCAGAUUAAAUAUAAAGAUUCUGUCUCCGGGUUGCAAGUGGAUCGGAGGACUCCGAUUAAUAUUCCUGCACCUUCGCCUUGAAAAUAUAUUAAUUAUUAGCCUUGAAACUCGAUUAAUAAUUACGCGCGGCGCGUACGUGCCUCGAAACUUUGCUCCAACGUGUCCUUAGACCUUCGGCGCCAAUCGGCCCGACGGACAAUUCGACGGAAACCGCGCGGAUGAAAGAAGCUAUAGAGAUCGUUGCACAGGCAAAUGAGCGCGGGGACAAGAGAGAGAAGAAAAGGCCCGAAGCAGAGUGGGGCCGACGAUUAUUUCCGUGCGAUUAUUCCGUUCAUCAGCGGCGCGACGUCACUCGUCAGUCGGUGGUACGCGGCCCGGGUCGUGCGGGAGAUAAUGUCGCCAUCGCGCGCACUUUGAUUCCAUCGAUCGCAGUCGAUCGCUCGUUGUCAGCGAGUCUCUCUCUCAGUCGCGGCGCGAGCUCAACUUGAACGAAGAAUCAAGCGCGAAACGUGCUUUAUUUUUUUUAUUUGCAUUUCUUCGUUUUUCCCCAGCGAUUACACAGUGCUGGUAAAUGUGUUAACGUCCGGCGCGGUAAUAAUAAUGUGUCCAGGUCCGCUGACAGCUGUUGUGACGUCGAUAUUGAUCGUGAUACCGGCCGCGUAUCGGCGCGAGGAUCUGCGACGGUCCCGCGACUGAGAAGUGCGGCAGGCUGUGCCAUCCUGCGGAUCAUCCGGAUCAUCCUCUGCUUUUCUGGUUCCCCCUCGUUCCCGGGAAUUCUCAUCUCCGUCUCGCUUUAUCUGCCUGCCUGUGACAGAGCUAGAGCGCGAGAACGUCGAAUCUCGGCAGGACGAGCGACAGGCGCUUCCACGAUUCCACCUCCAGCAGCGCGUCCUUCAGCAGUCGCGUGGCGUCAUCGCUGACGACGCCAGCAGUAUCUGCCUGGCAGUGUCGUAGGAUCGACACUGACGAUAAAGCGCGAUUCACGAGAGGGUGGGGAGGGGCCCAAGUUCCGAGUCGGAUUUUGUUCCCGCUGGACGCGCCUUCGUCCCGACGACGACGACGACGCACGUGACCGCAGGGGUUUCCGGCUCGAAUGAAGCUUCCCUCCCCGCCGCGGGUCAUCGGUUCGACGACGACGACGAGAUCGGGCACGACGACGGCGCAAUGGCGUCGUAGCUCGACGGUGCACAAAGUGUUGGCAAAGUGACCGCCGCCAGCACGAGCGAGGAUGAUCUGCACGAGUGCGUUCUCUGCGCGCAGUGCAUGGGCAUGGUGACAUUGGUACAACAGCAGCAACAGCAGCAGCAGCAGGAGGCGUCCGAUAACAGCCAGUUCCACCAGAGGAAGGAGCAGGAGGCCCGCGUGAACGCUGUCGCGUCCGUGGAAGCCCACGUGGUCGAGCACCGGCUUCGCGACGAGGUCGCGCUCGAGGCGGUGACCGUCCCCGGGGCACGCGCGCCCGUCGUUCCGGGCAAUGGUAGCGUUGGAAGUUCCUCUACGCAGUGCAGUGACGUAGACGACAACGACGAUGACGACGAGGAGGAGGAGGAGGAAGAGACGGACACCGAGGAGGCCGGCAACGGCCGCUGGGUCGCCAACCUGCAGCCGGGACCGUCGACAGCCGUUGUCCAGCAGGCGGUCGAGACCGCGAACGGCGACCUGGUCCUGCCGAGCGCCGACCCGUCCAGCUUCGGCGACGUCUGCGUAAAGAACUCGACGAACGUGCAUCUGGGUAACAAGACCUUCUACAAGGGUCCGGUCACCAUAAAGCAGUUCGUUUACACGAAUCCCGCUUUGGUGCAGGACCCGCAGGCCAAGCUCGAGUCAGGCCGAGGCGCCGUCCCCAACACCUCGGACCUCUCGUCGACGAGCAAGAGCGGGGAAACCGCGAACGUGCCCAUUAUCCCACAGAGCACGGAGUUAAAUAAAGUGACGCAAUGGCUGUGCACAUGGAGAUGCGCGGCUUUGUUGGGCGCUCUAGUCCUACUCCUGAUCGUCGUGAUGAUCAGCAGCGUAUACCUCUCUCGCGACGCACGGCAGGCGCCGAUUUUCCCGGAAAUCCCGGAUUCGUCGAUCAGUGGUGUAACGGUGGGCUCGGUGCGGUUCGUCGAGAGGAACCAGUGGGGCGCGCAACCGCCCUCGGAACCCCUGACGAAGAUGCGGCUGCCCGUGCCGUACGUGAUCAUCAGCCACACGGUCACGGACUUCUGCAACACGCAGUCGCAGUGCACGCUCCACGUGCGGGUCGCGCAGACCUACCACAUGGAGUCGUACAACUGGUCGGACAUCGGCUACAACUUCCUCGUCGGCGGCGACGGCCUCGCGUACGUCGGUCGGAGCUGGGACUACGUCGGGGCCCACUCGUUCGGCUUCAACAACAGGAGCAUCGGCAUCUCGUUCAUCGGCACGUUCAACUCGGUCAUACCGCCGAACAUACAGCUGCACGCCGCGCAGAAGAUCAUCGAGAUCGGCGUGAAGGGCGGCAAGAUCGCGAAGGACUACAAGCUGCUGGGCCACCGGCAGGUCUCGAAAACCCUGAGUCCCGGAGACGCCCUGUAUAGCGUAAUUCAAAAGUGGCCGCACUGGUCGCCCACCCCCUGACACAUGACAAUGUGGAAUUUAUUUUUUUCUGGGGAGGAAAUAUGAUUCCCCCCCCCACAAAAAAAUGACCGUACUCUUUUUCUACGCGCGUUCUCUCGUGCAGUUCGUCUACCGUUUGUCUACCUCAAGCGACUCCGGCAGAGUGCACCUGGCGAGUUUGUUAUUAUACGUAACGCGUAGUGGAAAGGUGUCGUUUCGCCCUUGAGUAAAUCUGAGACGCAGUCUAGAAAAAAGGAUAUAUUUUCCUUUCUCUUCGUGUAAUUAAAUCGAGUCGGAACACGAGAUAUAUCGGUAAAGAAUUAAAAGGAAAAUGUUAAAUGUUGGAAUAUUAAUUGUUAAAAAUAUUGCAUUCAGCAAACAUUAAAUUUAGAUCAUGAUAAAUUUGAUAAAUUGAUGAAUCGAAUUUAAGUAAAUCUGUUAAAGUAGAAACAUCAAGAAAUGAUAAAUAUGUAGAGAGAGGAAGUACAGAAAAUUUAGCUAGAAAAUACAAGAAAAAGUGUAGUAAAAUUAGGGACAAUACUAUUACGAAUCAUUAACAAUUUACAUUGGAACGAUCGAAGCAGGACGUAAUAACCUGCUGGUCCAGCUGACUGCGCAGGGAAAUAGAAAAGUGCCAAUAUGACAAUUACUAUAUCUUAUAGUAUGCGCACAAAUUAACACAGUCUCAUCAAGGAACAAUAUAAAUGUCGAAAUACUUUGUAUAUAUUAAUAUAAAAACAUGUUGGAAUA